CGGGUAAUAUUCUAGUGUGUGCAAAAUUAAAAUUUACAUAAUGGUUAAAAAUUAAUUUAUUAAAUUAGUUACUUGAUUUUUUUAUGUACACACAGUAAGUGUAACAUUUGUUAAAUCUUGAAUAUUUAUUAGAAUUGGUCGAUUUCGAUAACCAUUUUUUUCAAUUUAAUUUCUAUAAUAUUCGUUAUAAGUGUUAAUUUGUUUUUUUUUAAUGUUAAGAGUAGCUACGUUUGUAUAGCUUAUUUCAUUUUAUAAAUUUAUGAAAACAAAAAAAAUCAAAGAAGAAUGGGUAUUCAAGGUCUAAUACCACUUUUAGAGAAAUCUUGGAGAUCGGUUAAUGUGUCAGAGUUCUCGGAAUGUACUGUGGCCAUCGACGCUUAUUGUUGGUUACACAAAGGUGUGUACACGUGUGCUGAAAAAUUAGCCAAAGGAGAGGACAGUCAAGCUUAUGUACAUUAUUGUAUGCGAUUUGUGUCUAUGCUGUUAGCUAAAAAUAUCAAACCAAUUUUAGUAUUUGAUGGACAGCAAUUGCCUGCUAAAGCUGAAACUGAAUCAAAAAGGCGAAAACUUAGAGAACAAAAUCGAAAAAAAGCUGCUGAGUUAAUGCGUUUAGACAAAGGAAAAGAAGCUUCAUCCCUUUUAAGGCGAAGUAUAGAUGUUACUCAUAAAAUGGCAUUAAAUCUCAUUAAACGAUGUAGAGAAAUUAAUGUUGAUUGUAUUGUUGCACCUUAUGAAGCUGACUCUCAACUUGCUUAUUUAAAUUUAAGUGGCAUUGCUCAUUUAGUAAUUACAGAAGAUUCAGAUUUAUUGCUGUUUGGUUGCAAAAGGGUAUUAUUUAAGUUGGAUCAAAAUGGGGGUGGCAUAUUAAUUGAACAAGAAAAAAUUCACCUCUCAAUGAAUAUGCAACCUGAACAGUUCAAUAUGGAUAAAUUUCGAUAUAUGUGUAUAUUAUCAGGUUGUGAUUACUUACCUUCUAUUCCUGGUAUAGGACUGAUGAAAGCCCGACAAUUCAUCUCUAGAUCAAGUGAACCAGACAUCUAUAAAAAUCUCUCAAGAUUGGGAUCUUUUAUGAAUGUUAAAAUUCCAUCUGAUUACCGUGAUCAAUUUAUGGAUGCUGAUCGUAUGUUUCAAUAUCAACCUGUAUACGAUCCAUUAACUCGUCAAAUAAUACCAUUGAAUAAAAUAAUUGAUCCUAAUUUAUCUACACUUGUUUCUAAAUUAACUAAUGAUCAGGCUUACCAACUUGCUCUAGGAAAUAUAGAUCCUAUAUCUCUUGAAGUUAUGGAUGAUUGGGAUCCAGAUACUCAAAUGACUCCUGCUAGCACUACAAAAAGUAAAGUUAUUAAAGCUCGUCAUAAAAGUAUUUGGUCAAAAAAUUACAUAAUAACAGAAUUCAAACCUAAUAUGUAUUCCUUAAAUCAAGAAAUUAUUAAGAGUUCUCCAAUUGUCCAUUCUAAAUUUCCUAAGAAUGGCUCUUAUGCGAGUAACUCAUCACCAUCCAAUGAAUUGUCUUCAAUAAAAAAGUGUCUACCAGUAACCGAAGAUGAUAUUUUAAAUACUCUUGAAGAAAUUUAUGAAAAUGAAACCUAUGAUCAAGACGAACCUCGGCCUAAAAAUUCAAUGUCAAAAAAAGAUAAAAAUGUGGUAGAAAAAAUUUUAGUUUCAGAAAUAGAUAAUGUUACAGCAGAAAAGGAAGAAUUUCCAAGUUCUAAACAAUUAACAAAAAGAAAGCAUACAGUUAUAGAUUCAGAAAAACAAAUAGUUAGUGGAUAUUUUUCUACUGAAGUACCGAAAAGUUAUGAAGAAAAGUGCAUUAAUCCAUUUAAAUGCCGCAAAAUUACUUCCCCUAAAAAAGAAAACACUAAAGAUGAUUUAAAUACAUCAUUCAAUUAUAAUUAUAUCAAUGAAGAAAAUAAACCUCAACUUUUUGAAAAUGAAAAAAUCACAAAGAUUGAUAUCAACUCAUUUAAAAAAACACCUAGUAGAGUUGAAAAAGCUUUUAGUUGGAAAAACUUUUCACAUAAUAAAUCUGUAACAAAUAAUGAUGAAAGUCAAUAUCAAAAAGUAAUUCCAUACGAGAAUGAAAAUGAUAGUAGUUUAACAAACAAUGAUACUAUUAAAAUUGACAAUGAAGACGAUAUUGAUGAAGGAUUUUUUAGUCAGAAUGCUAACACAUCAAGUUCCAAGGUAACUCCCAAACAAAGAAAACGUUCAUGUCCUAGAACUGGAUUGUCUAAAAGCACUGGGAAAGGUAGCCAGACCCUGUUAUCCAAGUUUGGCUUCAAAAUGGGUGAACAGUUAAAACGUUGAAUCUGGUUUUUUUGAACUCACAAUGAUGAUCACUUUUAUUCAUAUAAAGACUGACAUGUAGAAAUUAUAUUAUUUUUAUGUACU